ACGAAUUGAAAACGUUUUAUGUGUGCAGUGGCAGUGGCUAAAAAACUAAUUAAGUGAACUGAUGAUAAAUAAGCAUGGCUGACUAGCCGUGCGCAUGCUGGCUUGUUAACAUGGCGUAUACGCAACGUGCAAUUGCAACUGCAGGUGUAAUCAAUUCGAGUCAAUUAAGGAAUACACGCAUCGGCUAACAAUAUAAUUGAAAUUUUGCGCCACCAGCUGCACAACUAAUUAGCUUAAUAAAGAACUUAAAGCCAGCAACAUGUCCGAGUAUCGCUUUAUCUCGAUCACCGACUACCAAUUCACUACAAAUCGCUCGCAGAACCUAAUCAAUCUGCCCAUCACGCCAUACUAUGCUGCUGCCCAGACGCAGCUGCUGGAGGAGGAGUCCAAGACGGCGCUCAACAUUCCAUACACAGUCUUCGAAAUACUUGUGGCCAUUGUGAGCAUCAUUGGCAAUCUAAUGGUCAUCAUUGUUUUCCAGCGCGAGCGCAAGCUGCGUCGCCGCACCAACUACUAUAUAGUAUCGCUAGCUAUAGCUGAUUUUCUGGUUGGCUCACUGGGCGUGCCCUUUGCCAUACUGGCCUCCGUCGGACUGCCCACCAAUUUGCAUGCCUGCCUCUUUACCGUCUCGCUGCUCGUCGUGCUCUGCACCAUUUCAAUAUUCUGCCUGGUGGCCGUGUCCGUGGAUCGCUACUGGGCCAUACUCUAUCCCAUGGCGUACUCGCGCAACGUGCGCACUCGCACAGCCAUUGUUAUAAUAUCUGUUUGCUGGGUGGCUGGCGCUAUUGUGGGCUUUCUGCCGCUCUUUGGUUGGCAUGCAGAUGUGCCGCAUGAUCAGGAGUGUCUCUUUGUCGAAGUCAUGGACUACAACUAUCUGGUGUUUCUCUACUUUGCCACCAUCAUUACGCCAGCGCUGCUCAUGCUGGCAUUCUAUACGCAUAUCUAUCGUGUAAUCAUUAAACAGGUGCGUCAAAUAGUUACUAUGAAUCCUGCUUCGGAUCUGAGUCGACGCUCCUCUACGGCGCAAAUACAUGCCACCACACCUGGACGUGCUGGUCAUACGGGCACCAUGCUGCGUGUCCUUGGCGCUGCACGCAAGCGCGAUGUCAAGGCCACGCAGAAUUUAUCAAUCAUAGUGCUGUUCUUCAUGAUCUGCUGGAUACCGCUGUACACCAUAAACUGCGUCAAGGCCUUUUGUCCGGACUGCUAUGUGCAUCCCAAGCUGACGCUCUUCUGCAUUAUACUCUCGCAUCUCAACUCGGCAGUCAAUCCUGUGCUAUAUGCUUAUCAUUUGAAAGACUUUCGCUUGGCGCUAAAGAAUCUAAUGCUGCGUUUAAUGGGCGUGGAUAUUGAUCAGCAGGCGGAGGCUAUACAUCGCUUCUCAGUGGCCAGCCAGCAUCGGCUGCACUCCAUGGACUCCAAUAUGCGCAAUUCCACGCACACGCGCAUGUAUGUGGAUUCACCCAUUUGGCUGCGACAGCAGCAGGAGGCGCUGAAGAACUCGCAGCUGCUGCCCAAGUGCGGCGUGCUGACUCCUUGCGUGAACAGCAUCAACCAAACUGUCGCCGCUGCUGUAGGCGCCACCACGGACAUUGAGCGCGACAUGUGGAACAUUGUGGAGGCCAGCAGCGGCGCCGAGAUGGGCGAAGUAAGCUAUGAGUUUCCAAGCGCCAAGCUGGCGGAGAGCGAUCAUGACAGCAGCCUUUCGGUAUCGGUGCCUGCAACAGCGCAGCCGCCAGCGCAGUCGCAACGCUGCGACAGCGUUUACUCAUAUGAUAAUCAUAACUACUCUACGGGUCCAGAGGAUGGCUUAAGCUUGCCCGAGGAUGCCGAGUAUGAGGAUGUCUUUGUACCUCAAUGCAGUAGCAAUAGAAAUCAAGGCGUCGAUCCUGUUGAGCUGCGUCGCUCCUUGGCUUGUGUCAUGCGUGAAAAGCUGCGCUCCGAUGACACCGACUACUUUAGUCAGCAGCGUGUGCUGCAUGAGAGCAACAGUGAAGACAUUGUGGCACCAUUGCCACAUAGCAAUGAGCAGAGCAAACCCUGCACCACACGCACCUCACCCAGCAAUGGACUGUUGCCGCAGCAACUGCGCUCCAAGCUGCUGGCAGGCAACUCCAGCAGCGAUCACUGCCUGCCGCAGCCGAAUGCCGUCUAUGUGAUUGAUGGCGCCUCGCAGCCACUGCGGCCUGGUCAUAAGCCCAAGUAUCGCAAGUCCACAGCGCUGACACGUAACUCACGCAAGAAGAGUCGCUCCUGCUCCUGCACCAAUGAACAAAGGCACGCCGAAGGCAACAACAUCACAGCAACAGCAACUCCAGCAGCAGCAGCAGCAACAACAGCUGCUCACAAUAACAAUAAUCUCAACCAUGAUGGCUUCUUUAGUCCCUUGAAAUCAAUGGGCAACUUUAUGCAGCAUUCCAAUCUCUUUAAUAUUUUCCAGCCACAUGCAGCAACAGUUGCUGCCAUUGCAACAGCAACUGCAGCAACAGCAGCAACUGAUGCACCGCACAUCUUAGUGCAUCGCAAUUCGGAGCCGCUGGUGCCCACGUCAGCGUCCUCGUCCUCAUCCCUAGUCGCCGGCAGCAUAGAGAGUUGACCGCGCAGCAAACGGCCGGCUGAAGUCUAGGCAAAAAAUACUCGCAAGUCAAAGCUUUUAUUUUAAGUCGUUAGCACGAGUUUUAGUAUUUAAAUUUAUAUAUUUUAAUUUGAUAAACUUAAUGCUUAGCAAACGCUUGACGCAUACACAGUCCCAGCCGAAUUAGCAAAUUAUGUGCAUUUAUUUUGUAUAUAAUUAAAGAACUUAGUCAAUUGUUUAAAUAGA